AUGGCGAUGAAAACAACGCACAGAGCAGUUUGCUGUCAAUGUAGAAAAACAAAGGGUACACUGAUAUGUGAUGAAUGUUCUAAAGGUUUUUGUCCCAAACAUAUGAUUGAACAUGUUGAUGAUUUACGUGAACAAUUGAAUAAAACUGACGAUGAAUUUAGUCAGUUCAAACUUCAAAUCGAAGAGCAGCUCGUUAAGCCAGAAGCACAUGAACUAAUGAAAGAAAUCGAUAAUUGGGAACGAGAAUCAAUUGAAAAAAUACAAAAAAUGGCCAAUGACAUUCGUCAAGAACUCUCAUCCUGUUUGAUCAGUUUUGUCGACGAUUUGAAUGCUAAAUUCAGACAUUUAACCGAACAAUUCAUUCAAUGUCGUACAGAAGGAAAUAUUAUCGAUUCAAAUAUUCAAUUUUUCAAUGAAGAACUGAACCUACUAAAAAAUACUCUCCAUAAACCACCCUUCUUCAAAAUUCAAUAUAAAUCAAGAAUUUUCAUAAAGCGAAUUCGUCUUACAAAGAAUACACCAUUUCUACGCAGUCUGACUCUUAAUACGAAUACAAGAUGGAAAAAAAAUGGUUUCAUUGUUGCUGGUGGAAAUGGUCGUGGUGAUGCAAUGAAUCAACUCUCACAGCCAUGGGGUUUAUAUGUUGAUGAUGAUCAAACUGUCUACAUUGCUGACUGCGGAAAUAAUCGUAUUGUACAAUACAAGUGUGGAUCGAAGACUGGUCGAAUUAUGGCUGGUGGAAACGAAGUCGGAUGUGGUCCUGACCAAUUGAUCUCGCCAAAAGAUGUGAUUAUUGAUAAAGGCAGAGAUAAUCUCAUCAUUUGUGAUACUAUAAAUAAAAGGAUAGUUCGAUGGCCUCGUCGAAAUGGUGAAAACGGAGAAACAAUCAUUUCAAAUGUUGGAUGUUGUGGCUUGACAAUAGAUGAUAAUGGUUCUCUUUAUAUUGUUGAUCUUAUGAAACAUGAAGUUAAGCAAUAUUGUAUGGGAGAAGAUGAAGGAAUCGUAGUUGCAGGAGGAAAUGGACAAGGGAAUCGUCUCGAUCAGUUGAAUUCUCCGACUUAUGCAUUUGUCGAUCGAGACCAUUCAGUGUACGUAGCUGAUCACAAUAACCAUCGUGUGAUGAAGUGGAUGAAAGGUGCAAAACAAGGCCUGGUCGUGGCUGGUGGUCAAGGUGAAGGAAAUAGUCUUGCACAAUUAUCAAAUCCUUAUGGAAUUUUCGUGGAUCAGUCAGAUAGUAUCUAUGUGGUUGACUGUUCAAAUGACCGAAUAAUGUGCUGGCAUCAAGGAGCCACGCAAGGAAGUGUCAUCGCUGGUGGAAACGGUCAUGGAAAUCGAUCGAAUCAACUAUCUUCUCCCGUCGGUUUGUCAUUUGACCGGGAAGGAAAUCUUUACGUCAGCGAAAAUGGAAAUCAACGAGUACAAAAGUUUAACAUUGAUCAAAGUUAA